AUGUCCAAUAGACCCACUGGACCUCGUCUGCAUGUGCAGCCGCCAUCAGGACCCUCGAGACAGAGACAGCCGGGUUACCGCGAACGUGAUCAGUAUAGGCCGAAUUAUCGAAAUGGUCCACCAUCUGGCCCUCGCAGUCAACAUCAACAACAACAGCAACAGCAACAACAACAACAACAGCAUCAGGCUACACCACCGCCACUAACUGCAUCUGCUUCACACGCCAAACCUCCGGUUAGACCAUCAGGACCAGGGAACAGGUCAUACAGAUCAUCUAGCCCUAGUGCAGGUAUAAAACGUCCCCUUCCGUCAGGCCCUUCCAGUUUCAACAAGAGGCGUGAUUAUAAUAGCAAUAAGCGAGCCAACACCGGUCGAAGCACGUAUGUUCCCAGUGCACCAAAAAGAGAGGUGGAACCCACAUUGACUCGUUCACAGAUACAUUCAAUCAAGGAGCUGCGAAGUAGUGCAAUUUAUGAACGAGUACAACAAGUUGGAGAAGGUACAUAUGGAAAAGUAUACAAGUCGAAAAAUUCUAUAACUAAUGAAUAUGUAGCAGUAAAGAAAUUGCGACUAGAAAGUGAACGUGAAGGGUUCCCCAUCACUGCAAUACGUGAAAUAAAACUACUACAAUCAUUUGAUCACCCAAACAUUGUUGGACUAUUGGAAAUGAUGGUUGAGCACAAUCAAAUUUAUAUGGUUUUUGAUUACAUGGAUCAUGAUUUGACAGGGUUGCUUACACAUCCAGAAUUACAAUUGGAAGAAAGUCACCGUAAAUAUAUUUUCAAACAGUUGAUGGAAGGUUUGAAUUAUCUUCAUGAAAAGAGAAUUAUUCAUCGUGAUAUCAAGGGGUCAAAUAUCUUGUUGGAUAACUUGGGGAAUUUGAAAAUUGCUGAUUUUGGAUUGGCAAGAACAAUGAAGAUUUUAGGUGAGGGUGAAGUUGCCGAUUUCACCAAUAGAGUAAUUACAAUUUGGUAUCGACCACCAGAAUUGUUGUUAGGUGCCACUGAUUAUGGACGGGAGGUGGAUAUAUGGGGAGUUGGGUGCUUAUUGAUUGAGUUGUAUACCAAAAUGGCUGCUUUCAGAGGUAUGGAUGAAAUCAGUCAAUUGAGCAAGAUUUUCAAUAUUUUGGGGACACCAACCUUGGAAUCAUGGCCACAAAUUGACAAGUUACCAUGGUUUGAAAUGUUGAAGCCGAAAAUCAAUAUUGCUUCCAAGUUUGCUAACAAAUACAAAGAUGCAAUGACACCAGAAGCUUUCAAAUUGGCGGAAAAAUUGUUGGCAUUGAAUCCAAACCAGAGACCCAUUGCUAAUGAAGCUUUAAAAGACGAGUAUUUCACCAACGAGCCACUUCCCGAACCCUUGACAUUUUUAAAAGAUUUGAAAGGUGAAUGGCAUGAAUUUGAAACGAAAAAGAGAAGAAGAGAGGAAAGGAAAAGAGUGAAGGAAGAGGAAGAUGCUGAACUUGCUGCUGCUAGCAAGCUCAAAGUAAAUGACAAGGAGAGUACUCGUACUAAUAGUGGUGGCAAUACAUUUGAGAGUGUUGCGCGUGAAACUGAAGGUAGUGAGAAAGUGUCGCCAGAUUUACAUACAGGAGAUGGGUAUACUGGGAAAACAUAG